AUGGGGGCUGAUGGCACUGACCAAAUGAUCAAAAUGCUUAACAUACAGAACAGUGCUUGGGGAGGCCGACAGGAUUGGUACCAGGAUAACUUAAUGACAGGACAACCCAACCCAGGUAUCUACAGCUGCCAGCAAAUAGACAAUAGCCUAGAAUCUGAACAUCAGCCUGGAACUGCCAGUGACGACCUGGAUGAGUCUCAAAUACGACUGCAACUGAAGCGCAAGCUGCAACGGAACCGCACAUCCUUUACCCAGGAACAAAUUGAGGCUUUGGAAAAAGAAUUCGAGCGGACUCACUAUCCUGAUGUUUUUGCCAGGGAAAGAUUAGCAGCAAAGAUUGAUUUGCCUGAAGCAAGGAUCCAGGUCUGGUUUUCUAACCGUCGAGCCAAAUGGAGGAGAGAGGAAAAGCUACGCAACCAGCGUCGCCAAGCAAGUAACACCUCUAGCCACCUGUCUAUCAGCAGCUCGUUCUCCAGCAGUGUGUACCAGUCCAUCCCACAGCACAGCAGCGCAGGUGCAGUGCUUGGCAGAAGUGAGGCAGCAAUCGCAAACAGUUACGGCUCUCUCCCCCCUCUUCCAAAUUUUACCAUGCCGAACAACCUACCUAUCCAGCCAGUAGCGAGCCAGACGUCAUCUUAUUCAUGUAUGAUACCAUCCAGCCCUACAGUGAGUGUGCGCAGUUAUGAUGCGUACACAUCUCCUCAACUACAGACGCAUAUGAACAACCAGAGCCUCGGAUCCAAUGCUACUGGCUCUACAGGGUUAAUUUCUCCUGGAGUUUCAGUUCCUGUUCAAGUUCCAGGAGGUGACCCAGAUCUCACCCAGUACUGGCCAAGGCUACAAUAA